AACCCCCACUACUUCAACCAAUUCCAAGAUGAUCUCAGCUCAGGGGAUUGCCCGCUUAAUUGAACUUCCAUUUUCUCUUCUCGUUGUUAUAUUCAAGUACUUUCUUGGAACUACUCACUUCAGGAAGUACGAACGCAGGCUCCAUAUUUGUAUCAAGCUAACAAUUUACAGGAAAGGACUUAUGAUGCCCAUCACUGACACUCGCUGUCUUGAUAUCAUGACCAAUAACACGUUAUUCAACUUGGCAAAACGAGUGCACUACAAUGAUGUAAAAACCUUACCGCAUUAUGGACAAAGAUAUGGGACCUCAGGAAUUUGGGUUGCAAAACCCACGCAAAGAUCCAAAUCCGAUCCAAUGAUAAUAUAUAGUCAUGGAGGAGGAUACUUUAUGCAGACCCAAUUAGAGCAGAUGAAAACGUUGAUUGCUUUAUACAAUUCAAUCGAUGCCAGCAAGAAUGUAUCAUUAUUAUUUUUAGAUUACGACUUGGUUUGUCGGGGCCACAAGUUUCCUAGACAAUUAAGACAGUUGGAUAGUAUUUAUCAGAAGUUGGUGGAUGAAGGAAAUACCAACCUCAUUUUAUUCGGGGAUUCCGCUGGUGCUCAUUUAUCCAUUAGUUAUACCGAAUACCUUAAGGAAGAAAAGCCAUACUUGAUAAACCCCACCAAGCUUGUGUUGAUAUCUCCAUGGGUAGAUUUGAUGGCUAAUUUAGAUGACUACAAGCCAGGAAAAUCAUACUACGAAGGCCAAAACAGGGAUUUGAUUAACUUCAAACAGUUCAGACGGGAGCAUGAGAUUUUGUUCAUUGAUGAUGAGAAGAAACACCUCCACCCAUACUUUGCGUGGUCAAAUAAACAAACUGUCGAUUGGAAUACAAACAAAUUCUUCGCCAACGAAAAGAGUGAAGUCUUUUUACUCUACGGGGAAGACGAAUCUUUUAGAGAUCAUAUUCACAAAUGGUCUCAGGAUGUAUUUGGGGUGAAAGAAAUCAUCUGGUCUAACGAUUCCAAUAAUAAGCUAUUACCUGAGUUUGAGGUUACCAGCAGUAAAAAAGGAAGAGCUAAACUCACAUGCUUUGUUGAGCCUUGGGGAUUGCAUGAUGCCUUGUUUUUCAUGGAGUAUGAUAUCAUUAAGAGAUAUAAGAAGGAUGUUGAUCCUGAGCGGUACUUUGCAUUUACUAGAUUAGUGAAAUACUUGAACGAAUCAUUGUGAAUAUGCGUACAAAGAGGAGAAUAUUGAAACAUAUAAGCGAUUAUGAACAUUAGUGUUUCUGAAUGACUCAAACCGAGUUUUCAUACCACAAUACUUAUGGGGUGAUCUAUAUUAAGUCUAUAAACAAACCGUUUAAGAGUAAUCUUUGAAUAAAUGAAUAUAAUUAUAGGAACUAAAUGUAAAUUCCGGUCUUAACUCUGGAAUGUGUGUAUCUCUGGAACGUGUUCCACCUUUAUUAAUGGUCUGUAGAUUGGUUUCCACAUUUGUGCUUGAACCCAUUUCAAGCACUUUUUGAAGUCUCUUGGAACUUCGACGAAUUCUCCAUCAGGAUUGGUCUCUAAUUCAACUCUGGCAUUACCCUCCUUCAAACUUUGCAAGAUAACAGCAGUCGCAACAUAAGCACUAACUUCGUCAAUCUCUUCCAAUCUUGGUAACAAUCCAUUCUUAGGAUUUUCCAUUUUUGGUGAUAAGGACGACAAUUGGUCGACAGCAGCAGAUAUCAUUGUAUCGGAAAUGGUAGUACAACGAGAUAAAACUGCUCCCAAUCCAAUACCAGGGAAGGUAAAACAAUUAUUGUUUUCAGAAAUAUAGUAACCAUCCACGGGUUCAAAUGGUGAUCCAGUGGCAAUUAAAGCAUUAUUAUCAGUCCAUUUCAUAACGUCCACUGGGAAAGCUUCGUGCAAACGAGUAGGGUUAGACAAUGGAAACACAAUUGGUUGGGAAUUAUGCUUAUACAUUUCCUUGAUAACAUCUUCAGUAAAAGCACCUGCCUGGGUAGAACAACCAACCAAAAGGGUUGGUUUCACAUGACGAACACAUUCCACCAAGCUCUUCGUAUCAACAUUCUCCCAAUCAGCAUCCGGGUCAGCAUAUUUAAUUUGACCUUCUGAAGAAUCAGGAAAACUUUGUAAAAUUAAUCCUCUUCUAUCCAUAGUAUGGAUUCUGCUCAAAGCAUCCUCACGUUCCAUACCAAUGUUCACCAUAUGGUUUACAAUUUGGUCUGCUACUCCCAAACCAGCCAGACCAGCUCCAUAAAUUAAAAUCCUACUGUCUUGUAACCUUCUGUUGGAAAAUUUAAGAGCAGCGAGGAAUGACGCCAUGACGACAGCUCCUGUACCUUGAAUAUCAUCAUUGAAAGAUGGUAAAGCAUCUCUAUAACGAUGCAACAUUAUUCUUCCUGUUGAUACACCAAAAUCUUCAUAAUGCAAAACGGCGUUAGGAAACCGCUUUUUCACAGCUGUGAUAAAUUUAUCAACAAAAGUCCAAUAUUCUUCACCACGAACUCUUGGGAAUUUGUUUCCCAUGUACAAAUCAUCAUUGAUAAGUUUUUGGUUAUUGGUACCAGCAUCUAAUACCACCGGUAAAACUCUUCCAGGGUGAAUACCACCACACAAAGUCAUCAAGGCCAAUUUAGCAAUGGCUAUACGAAUACCCCCAACACCUUGGUCACCAAUUCCUAAAAUUCCUUCCCCAUCACUGACAACAAUAUAAUCUAUAUCUUUGUCCUCUCCGUAUGGAGCAAGUCGUUCAUCAAUGCUAUCAGGAUCAGUGAUAUCUAAGAAACAUCCUUCAGGCUUUCUGAAUCUAUCCGAAUACGAAGCAAUCGCAUCACCUUCAGUUGGAGUAUAGAUAAUAGGUAACAUUUCUCUUAUAUGUCUUCUGACUAACUCGUAGUAUAACACUUUGUUUUGAAUUCUCAUUGAUGUACAGAAGUCAUUUUUAGCUAAAGGACUCUUCAAAUAAGAAAACUGACGAUAAGCUCUAUCAACUUGCCCAUCCAAUGUAUUCACCUGAGAUGGCAACAAACCUGUUAAACCAAAUGCUUUACGCUCAGCUUUUGUAAAAGCUGACCCCUUGUUAAAUAUUGGGGAAUUAAGUAAUUGAAAUCCUGUCAAAUCACAUUCGAUGGGCCCAUCAUUUGAAAGACGAGUAACCUUUGGUUUUAAUGAUGCGAUGGCAGCGUUUAUAUCCACGGGGGUUUUGAUAGUGUGGGUGUGAACCGAUUUCGUUGAAUACAAUCUUCUCAUACACAACAUGACUGGAGGAGCAUAUAAUAUUUAGUUAAU